CGAUUCCAGGCCGCUCUUCCUCGAGGCCUGGUGAAGGAGGCUAUUAAAUGGCUGAUCAGCUAAUGCAGUAUGUGGGCAUCUCCUGGCUACUGUGGAUUGGUUCUGGACUGCUAGUUCAUGCUCUUGUCUAUUGGAGACAAUAUCUGCCAAGUUUCACCAGAGAUGUGUACGAGUAUGGUAAGCUGAGGAGUGAGAGUGACUGGAGCUGGAUCAGCCCUAGUGUGCCCAAGAGGUGGUUCACCCACUUCUACGUGUGGGGGGUGGUGUGGAACUACUCUGUAUUCCUCUACUAUACCAGCCACUGUCUACUGCACACACGACUACCGCUAUUGGGCCCUGCAAUCGAGACCGUCAUUGGGAACUUUGUGUCAUCCAAAUGCAACUAUUUCUCUCAAGCUCAUUUGGAAGUGUGGCUGGUUUUACUACUCGUUUGCUUGCAAGUGUCUCGUAGAUUGUUUGAGUGUUUGUUUGUGAGUGUGUUCUCUGAUAGCAAGAUGGCACCAGUUCAUUACAUACUCGGAGUCUACUUCUACACCGCUUUGGGACCAACAGCACUGCUGCAUUUGAAUUCAGACUCACCUUUGUCUACUGCCACUACCCUUGCUGGCCGGAUUAAAGACAGUCUUCACUGGUACCACAUUGUAGCCACUCUGCUGUUCCUCUGGGCCUACACACAUCAGUACCGAUGUCACGUCAUCCUUGCACAACUCAGAGCAGCCAAGAACAAGCCACAGUACGGACUACCCACUGGAGAUUGGUUCCAAUACGUCUCCAGUCCUCAUUUCUUUGCCGAGAUGGUGAUGUACUUUGCCCUAUCGCUGUGUCAAGCUGUCACUAACCUAAUGGCUCCGAUGUGGCUAGUGUUCCUGUGCACUACCUGUGUACUCACUGUCACUGCCAAGCAGACUCACGUGUGGUAUAGAGACAAGUUCGAGGACUAUCCAAACAGCAGAAAAAUUAUUAUACCAUUUGUUUAUUAGUUGAUUUAUGCUAUGUACAUGCAGUACUGUAUGGUAUCAUUCAUAUUCUCCAAUCAAUAAUCUAUCAAAUUAAUGAUCGA